GUCCACCUGCCCUUGGAGGCUCUGCACCCCCUCCCUGUAGGAGGUGUCCUGUCUGUGCAGGAACCCCAUGUCCCCUCCGCUGUGGUCCUGGGCAGCAGCGACUGACGCAUCCCCAAGAACAACAGACACCGAGCAGGCCCUGUGCUCCCCUUUCUAGGAACGGCAAGCGAUGUCCUGGCGCCCACAAUACCGCAGCUCCAAGUUCCGGAAUGUCUACGGGAAGGUGGCCAACCGGGAGCACUGCUUCGACGGUAUCCCCAUCACCAAAAAUGUGCACGAUAACCACUUCUGUGCUGUCAACGCCCGCUUCCUGGCCAUCGUCACCGAGAGUGCAGGAGGCGGCUCCUUCCUGGUCAUCCCCCUGGAGCAGACGGGCAGGAUUGAACCCAACUACCCCAAGGUCUGUGGUCACCAGGGCAACGUGCUGGACAUCAAGUGGAACCCAUUCAUUGACAACAUCAUUGCCUCGUGCUCAGAGGACACGUCGGUGCGCAUCUGGGAGAUCCCCGAGGGGGGCCUGAAGCGGAACAUGACAGAGGCUCUCCUGGAGCUGCACGGGCACAGCCGGCGCGUGGGGCUGGUCGAGUGGCACCCCACCACCAACAACAUCCUGUUCAGUGCGGGCUAUGACUACAAGGUCCUCAUCUGGAACCUGGACGUGGGUGAGCCAGUGAAGAUGAUAGACUGCCACUCGGAUGUGAUCCUCUGCAUGUCCUUCAACACGGAUGGCAGCCUGCUCACCACCACGUGCAAGGACAAAAAGCUUCGCGUGAUCGAGCCCCGCUCUGGCCGCGUCCUGCAGGAGGCAAACUGCAAAAACCACAGAGUGAACCGAGUCGUGUUCCUGGGAAACAUGAAGCGGCUUCUCACGACGGGGGUCUCCAGGUGGAACACGAGACAGAUCGCCCUCUGGGACCAGGAGGACCUGUCCAUGCCCCUGAUCGAGGAGGAAAUUGAUGGGCUGUCAGGCCUCCUGUUCCCCUUCUACGACGCUGACACCCACAUGCUCUACCUGGCUGGAAAGGGAGAUGGAAACAUCCGGUACUACGAGAUCAGCACUGAGAAACCCUUCCUGAGUUACCUCAUGGAGUUCCGCUCCCCAGCUCCGCAGAAAGGCCUAGGGGUCAUGCCCAAGCACGGGCUGGACGUGUCGGCCUGCGAGGUGUUCCGCUUCUAUAAGCUGGUGACUCUCAAGGGCCUGAUCGAGCCCAUCUCCAUGAUCGUGCCCCGGAGGUCGGAUUCCUACCAGGAAGACAUCUACCCCAUGACGCCGGGCACGGAGCCAGCUCUGACCCCUGAUGAAUGGCUGGGGGGCAUGAACCGAGAUCCCGUGCUGAUGUCUUUGAAGGAAGGCUACAAGAAGUCCUCAAAAAUGGUAUUUAAGGCUCCCAUCAAAGAAAAGAAGAGCGUUGUGGUCAAUGGAAUAGAUUUAUUAGAAAACGUCCCGCCCAGGACAGAGAACGAGCUCCUCCGAAUGUUCUUCCGGCAGCAGGACGAGAUCCGGCGGUUGAAAGAGGAGCUGGCCCAGAAGGACAUCCGCAUUCGGCAGCUGCAGCUGGAGCUCAAGAACCUGCGCAACAACCCCAAGAACUGCUAGCUGGGGGCGCGGGGCCUCCGUGCCAUCUCUCCGCGGUCCCUCCGCGCCCCUCACUUCCCCCUCCCCGGCGCCCCCAGAGACAGAGCCGGGACUGGAGCGGGGACACCUGGGGACCCCACCUGCCGCCUCGGGGACUGGGAGCUGACCUUGACCUCUCGACCUCACGCUAAGAAAGUCCCCAGCUUCUCCUGGAGACCCCCCUCCGCUGAAGGCCCCCCCUUUCCCUGCCACCCCGGAGGAGCCUCGGAGGGACAAAGACCACGGACUCCCCAGCGAGGGCCCUCAGUGGACCAGGGAGCAGAAGGGGAAGCCAGGACCCCAGCGGAUGGAGACCUUGAACUCUUGCCCCUGCCAGGGGGCUGCGGCGGCAUCCGGGCACUCGGGCCUGCAGGACCGCGCAGUGAGGCCUGACACAGCCUGGGCUGCUCCCCUCCCCGCAGCGCCCCCCUUCCCUGGCAGCUCCGCAAGCCUGACUCACCUGACAAGGGUUGCAAGCAGCCCAGCUCCUGUCUCUUGCCCCCUCUCUCUUGUCUUCAGGGAAUUAAAAGGAUUGCUCACCAAGGCCAUAAUGA